CCUAAAACCAAACUUGGAUGAUCUAAUACCUACUAUCAGAUCGCUGUAAAAUUUAACGAAGUUUCGCAAACGUAACGAAAGGAAGCAUAAGAAGAUCCACAUACUCUAAUAUUUUCGGAAGAAGACCCUAAGCUCAAAUGGAAGGUCCAAAGACACCAGACAGUGAAAGUCCCAUGGACAUCCCCAAAGUACAAGUAGAAAUAGAUAUACCAGAAAUGGUUCAGCUAUUACCGACAUUUGAUGGCGAUCAGUAUGCACUGUCGGAUUUUAUUGGAAGCGUAGAAGAUAUGGUGCUUGACAUUGUUAAAAACGUCUAUAAGGCUGAGUGUCCAGUUUUUAUAAUGAGAGCUAUUCGACGGAAGAUCGUCGGAGAAGCCAAUAACGUGCUAAUUAGGGAACGAACAAAGUUGAAUUGGAACGAGAUCAAGGAAACAUUGAUAGACAAUUUCGCAGACCCCAGAAAUAUGGACAAUCUGAUGGACGACCUACGAGAAAUUCCCUACUUUGGGCUCUCAAUUACCCAUUUAUAUGUGGAAAUAUCAAAAAUAAGAUGUGCCUGUUUCGACAUUUUGGAACGAAAUGUUGAUGAUCUAAAAAUGAGAAAUAAUCAGGAAUUUGUGUAUGAGAAAAGGUUUGUGGAUGUAUUUGUAGCGGGUCUGCGAGGACCUCUUCAACUUUUGGUCGUGCGCAAGAACCCAAAGACUCUCAGGGAGGCCAAGAAAUAUGCAAUGCAGUUAACAGAUGAUUUUCAUAGGGGAAAACACGGUCAAGUAAAUUACAACAACAGGAAAAGCUACCCACACAAGAACAUUUUGUUCUUUAAUCAAAACCCUAGAUAUCAGAAUGGUAGAAAUAUGUACAGAGGACCAAAUCAAACGUAA